UACACUCGGUCCCUAACCGCUGAUAAUGACGCGAGAUUCAGUGGGCGUGGUCACUGGAUUCUGGUUUGUUCCGUGUGGAAACUUUGCCGGUCCGGGUGCAAAGUUUGAACUCCGUCUGCAAAACGCCGCUCGGUGAUUUUUUCCGUUCUGUCACGAUUUGCGCACGAAUGAGGUUUGUCACACGGACCAUGUUGGUUUUCACCCAUUAUUAGGUAGAAUCACCUAACUGAGCACGGAGUCUCGUUUGACUGGGGGUGAAACAGCUAGUGCCGCUUAGCAUUGUUUUGUUUCUAUGUUGCGUUAGCUGUGAGUGUUUUCUAGCUGAGUAGGUCUCGCGCGCGGAGGAAACCAUGGCUUGUGAACCGAACCGCGCCCGUUUGCUCUGCAUGCUCUCGCUAACGUUCGGGUUUUUCGUGGUCGAGGUGGUGGUGAGCCGGCUCACGGCGUCGCUCGCGAUGCUUUCGGACUCAUUUCACAUGCUGUCGGACGUGAUGGCGCUGAUCGUGGCGCUGGUGGCGGUGCGUUUCGCCGAGCGCACCCAGUCCACCAACAAGAACACGUUCGGCUGGAUCCGCGCCGAGGUGAUGGGCGCCCUGGUCAACGCCGUGUUCCUCACCGCGCUCUGCUUCACCAUUGUGCUCGAGGCCAUCGAGCGCUUCACCGAGCCGCACGAGAUCGAGAACCCGCUCGUGGUGAUUGCGGUCGGGGCCGCGGGGCUCAUCGUCAACCUGCUCGGGCUGUGUCUCUUCCACGGGCACGCUCACUCGCACAGCCACGGCAAGAAGAAGCACGCCAGGGCGAACGCGAGCAAGAGCGACGCGCUCACUGACUGCGGAUCCGCCGGAGAGGAGACCAACAACCUGGUCGGAGGUCCGGGGAGGAACAGCCCGAACGGCGUGAACACUGACACCAGGGGAGCAGCCGAGCUAUUGGCUGUGCAGCUGAACGGUGAGCUGGAUCACGAUCACGAUCACGACCUUGAGCACGAGCAUGAUUCAUCCUCCCAGCUGAACAUGCGUGGUGUUUUCCUCCAUGUUAUGGGUGAUGCGCUCGGCUCCGUCAUUGUCGUGGUCAACGCCAUCAUCUUCAACUUCGUGUGGCGUCCGUGUGAACCUGGCGUUCCCUGCUUCAACCCGUGCAGUGUUGACGCACACUGCAGUGACCACAAGCACCAAAACCAGACGAUUGUGCCCAUCGGUGAGGCAGAGCACGGCAACGGAAACUCCACAAUUUACACAGCCGGACCCUGCUGGGUGCUAUACCUGGACCCGACCCUGUGUCUCAUCAUGGUCUGCAUCCUUCUGUACACGACGUACCCACUCCUGAAGGAGUCUGCGCUCAUCCUGCUGCAGACUGUACCCAAGCAGAUCGACGUAAGCCUCCUGAGUGCUCGUCUUCGCCAGAUCGACGGCGUCCUGGCUGUGCACGAGCUCCACAUCUGGCAGCUCGCUGGGAGUCGCAUCAUCGCCACGGCACACAUCAAAUGCAGAGACCCUGCAUCCUAUAUGAGUGUGGCCAAGCGCCUCAAGGCCUUCUUCCACGAUGAAGGCAUCCACGCUACCACCAUCCAGCCCGAGUUCGUCAUGGUGAGCUCCGAGUCGCACGCCUCGCUCUGUGAACUCUCCUGCCGCACGCAAUGCGCCGCUAAACUCUGCUGUCAAAACGCCAAAGCCCCCGAUAAUAAAAACACGAGUACGGAGAGCUGCAGUGAAGCCGAACCCACCGUCUCCACUACUCUGGAGGUCAUCAGCGAGUCUCUGGAAAGCGAGCCUAGAGUUCAAGUGGCUCCAAAGGAAGUCUCCAGAGAGGUGGAGUCAUCUUUAUAAAAAAGAACGAGUAUAAAGAAUUAAGUAAAAAACAAACAAACAGACAAAAAGACACCAGAAACCAUACAUGUAUCGAAAAAUUAAAAACCUGCAAACUUGAUGAAUUAGAAAAUCAGAGCCGUGUGAGACAACGAGGGAUGUGAUGAUCCGAUACUGAGUGCCAGGAUCAGGACGCUGAGUCACAUUAGAUCUGUUGCUGCAUCAAGUGACAUUAACCAGUCAUGCAUGUAAAGACAUAGGACACAAUAGUUUUUGCACACACUUCUGAUCAGAAGUUACCUUAAGGACAGCUAGCUCACUGUGAAGACUCGUAUUACUCGCCAGCCGACUGCGAAACCACGAGCAACGGCCGUUAUUUCUAUCCCACAUCAUAGUAACUUAAAAGGGAAUAAUGGCAAAUGGUGCGUUCGCCCUCACCCUCACAGCUCCCCCACACACACCCACACACACACACAUCCUUCUGCGGUUAGUCAACUGAACUGAUAAUGGCAGUGAUGUGGAGAUAAUGGUUGGUUCUAAUGGGUCUCACGAUUUGUGCUUUUGACACGAGAACACUCAGAGCGGCAAAAAGGUGCAACAACACUGUUGCUAGGAGAAACAAUCAUUGGACAAGGCUUAACUCACUCACUCACUCACUCACUCAUCUUCUAUACCGCUUUAUCCUGUAUUCAGGGUCACAGGGACCUGGAGCCUAUUCCAGGAGGCGGGGUACACCCUGGACAGGGUGCCAAUCCAUCACAGGGCACACACACAUAGGCACACUCACACACGCUUUUACACACUACGGGAACGCCAAUUAGCCUAACCUGCAUGUCUUUGCACUGUGUGAGGAAAUGGGAGGACCCGGAGGAAACCCACCAAGCACGGGGAGAACAUGCAAACAUCCAUGCACACAGCGACGGGAAUCGAACCCGGACCCUGGAGGUGCAAGGCGACUGUGCUAACCACAAUACCACCGUGCCGCCCACAAGGCUUCAUAUUAUAAUUUAUUCAUUCAUGUGUUUGUGUCUACAAUAACCUUUUUACCAUUGGUCAGGGAUGCAAUGGAUCCCGAAGAUGAGACGAGGACUGUCUCUUAAUUAGGACUUUAGGCGUGAAGGGAAUCAAUUGAAAAAAAGAUUGGGGUCCAAAUACAUUUGAUAUGAUUCUUUCACACACACACACACACACACACACACACACAUACACACACACCUCUGAACCUUGAGCAAUCCCUGCCUGAUGGCUGGCUGACCUCAGACCAGGCCUGCUGCUGCAUGUGUGCGUUGCGAGCACCGUGUUUGUACGUCGUCUAAGUCUAAGCAUGUGUGUUUGCGUGUGUCUAUGCAAAAUGCUUCUCGCGUCUGAGAAUCUGCUGUGUCGUCGUUACCUUGUGGAUCUAGUGAAACACACGCAUGCAAAAUCCAGCUGCUGGAUCAAGUUUAAGGACUUCUUGCAAAUUAAUAUUAUUAUUAUUAUUAUGAUGAUGAUGAUAAAUCCAUACUCUUUACCCCUUCUGGAUAUAUUCAUAAGCAAUUUAUCUCAUAAACAAAUAAUAAUUUAUGUGUUUUAAUUUAUUAGUAAUGAUUUUGUUUUCAGAGUCUUUUUAUAAUAUUUAGAUUUGGUAAUGAGUCAAUCAAGGACGUGAGCCUCUUUUUAAAAAGAAACUGUGCUGUACGGCUGAUUAUUUUUACUAGUAUUUUAAAACUGUGCUGCUGAGAUCGUUAGAUUUCUGACAGACAAACACAGUUUUAGCAAGCCUUUAAUGCUGAAGACUUUUGUUUCCUCAUUCAUGGGAAAUGCUGAUGCUUCACGAGUCCUGGUGUCUUUGUCACAUGAGUGUGACUCACACGCCCGUGUUAAAGCGUCAUCAGUAGUGUUGAACAAUGCUGGAGGGGUCGGAACCAUGCUUAGGCACGCGUCGAUCAGGUUUCAUUAAAAACAUUCGUUCCUACGGGUCUUGCAUUAGCAAACGUCGAUAGUUUAAAUAGGAGUGACACUAUAGCUGUUUGUUUGAAACUGGUUUAAAGCCGCCAUCAUCGACUUCCCCCUUGGCUGAAUCCCUGCCUGCGUCUCAAGUGCUGUUGCAUCAGUCUGCAAAAGCUGAAGUGAAAUUUAAGAGAGUCCGCAUCGCUGGAGUCGAGUCAUCGUCACCUUUUUGUGUGCAAUUUUCUGCUGAUGAAUAAAAAGCUGGGGUAACAAUACGCUUAAUACUUUAAAACUAAACAUUAGGUUUUCAGAUUCAGGUUUUACAAGGCUGUGUCGUCCAUGACACGCAUGUUAGGAAGUUAACAAGUGGGAGAUUACCAAGGACAUUGCUUCAUCGCUUUUAGUAUCCCUUUUGAACCUGCUACCAGACUCUGAGGCCGGCACUCUGAGGGAGUUCGUGCCGUAGUUAAAAUAAUGCUUAUUAGAAAUGCUGCAUUCCAUUCCAUUCCAUUGUAAGUGCCUCUAAAGUUUAUCUCAGUCUGAACUAACUGUGUGUCUUAAGUCAACCUACAACCUGUUUCAUCUAGCAUGCAGCGUUUUGUCCAUCUAAGUAGAAAACUCCAAGUUAAACCGCACAGGACAGCGUAGACUCCUGCCUGAUUCGACUGACAACUAAAAAAAACAUUAUUUAUUCAUAUUCAAGCACGACACGUUGGAGCUGUAUCUCAUAUCUGAAAUAAUAGCUAUGCAUCAUUUUAAAAUUGACAUUUCAAAUGAAUAUGACGAAGACGCAUAGCUUAUGGACACUGAAAACACACUCACCCACACCAGUGUGAUUUUAUUUCUUAUAAAAUGGUAUUACACAGGGGGAAAAAAAAAACAUGAUUGGCUGGUUGUUAUGGGGAAAUAAUCGGUGCAGUGCAACAUGGCGAAAGGCAUGAAGGCGCUACGGUUUCCACCCUUGAAUGGUUUCCUCUCAUGCUAAACAGCAAAAGCGAUUUAUUCUUCUCGUGCAGCAGCAACUUGCCAUUGAACACAACGCUCCAUGCUUUUUAACCGCCAUCACUCUGUCUUGAAGACGUUCCUCGGGUAGCAAAUGCAGUGUAAAUGACUGUUACAAAGUACUGACACUGGAGACUCCUUUUAUAAAUGUUCUAGAAAGGACCUACUCAUAUCAAUGAGUAUACAUUCUUCUUUGCUAAAAACAAACAUAAACGAUAAUCUUUAAAAAUCUUUUUAUUAGUCUACUAUUAGAUUUUGUGAAGUGAGUAAAUACUACUGUUAAUACCAAACUUCUUAAUGCAAUAACGCAUUAAUAUAAACAUAAUAUUUAAAAUAAUGUGGAAUUACCGUCUGCGCUGCUGUUUUCAAUUAGCUUAGAGCAUUUAACGGCACUGUAGUAUUAAUCCUAAUAGAAAAAAUAAUAAACAUGUACCAAAAUGUAUACGCGGAGACUUUAGAACAUCAGUGUGACUGUGAGACACAAUAUUAGACUAAAGUAUAAAGCACUGGCCUGGAUGUACUGUAAAUGUGACUAGCUUGGUGUGGUGUGCUUGUUAAAGUCCACUCCUUAUUACACACUCCUCUCCUUCUGCUGUAAAUGCAAAGUCCUGUGAUGGUGUUUAGGGAAAAUCUGAAAAACUAGAAGGUAUGCAGAAUAAGAUUUUUUUUAUCUUAAGAUAUUUCAGUGAUGCUGAGCUCUGUACACAGGGCAGUAAAGCAUGGUCACGAUUUUAUUCCGAAGGACGCAUUUAUUUUUAAGCUUGAUGCUUAGUCACAAUAAUGUAUGUCAUUUCAUCUCAUCAGUUUAAACGUGCAAACCAGAGUUCAUAUUUGUUUUGGAUUUUCUGCCUGUCCUCAUGCUGUGAUGCUUGAGCUGGUCUUAAGCAGUACAAAGUCCUCAACAGUUUCCUUUUAUGUACUAUAUAAUAGAAUUAUACAAGUAGUACUUGAAUGUACACAUUUUGUUUGGCUUAACGUCAUGCGAACCUGCACGCCUACAGCACACCCAUUCCCUUGUUUAUGUGAAAUGCUCACCUCAAAGGGCUUUUUUAGUAGGGUUAGUAUCUCAGACAGACCUGUUUAUACGAUUUCUGCCACCGUAAGCCAGUUACACCUGGCAGUUUCGUGCAUCUUGUAUCAGGAUUGCUCUUUAUCACAUCUAAUUCGGAUAAAACUAUACAUUGGACAAGUUUAACAAUCAUGGAGCAUGUGCAAAGCCUUUUUCUCACACCACCCGAAAUAGUUUAAGCACCGUAAACAUGGUGUUUUUCUUUCUUUCUUUUUUUUUAUGGGAAACAUUCCAUAAAACUCACCAUUUCAUCCAGUGAUUUCUUUCGAUGCUUUUGAUGCAUGAAACAACCAAGUGUAAACAGGGUGUGUUAUUAUUAAAUGUUUAACAUGAUGCUAAUUUAAAGACAGAAUCAUUUCGUCUAAGUGCGUAGGUAUCAUGCUGUAUUUCCCUUAUACACAGAGGGGCCCAAAAAUGUACACACACUUCAACAGUUGUCAUCUAUGCCCGUUUUUAAAACCUGAAUUGAAGUAUGGAAACAAUGUGUAGUAUUAUGUUUCCUCUAAAGACGCCAGUAGUCGCACCAUUGUUGAUGUCAUCAUGUGACCGUUAUAUAAGAGAGGCAUAUAUAUUUCUAUGUUGUAGUGUGUAUACAUUUUUUUGGGCCCUUCUGUAUAGCAUGGCACUAUGUUUAGGUGGAAAAUGUUCCUUCUUAUUAUUAAUUUAGACCUGCUCUUGUUAUGUUAUUACAUUUCUAUUUUGUGAUGUUUUGAAGCGAGUGACAUGCAGUACACAUGAUGCUAAAUAGGAGACGAUACACUCCCCUUCUCAGCUGCAUUAUCUUUGUACCCAACUAAAGAAGUAAACUUCAAACAUAACAUGUGUUUUUGCUUCAGAAUACAUUUUAGAUUCAGGUCUAUAUUGUACAAAUUUAUUUUGUGUUUUUUUCCCCCAAAAAUUGUUUUUUAAAGCAGAAUUUUAGAAUGUCAAAAGAAAUGACCAGUUUUCCAUUUUUUUAUUUUAUGGACACAUGGGAACAUUAAGGUUUUGUUUGGAUAACAUUGUUGGUAAAUUAUUAGAAAAUGACAGAAAUGACUGCAGUGUCAACAUUUAUACAUCACAUUAAGAUAUUUAUCAGGCACAAUUUCUUACUAACCCAAAUGCUGUUUUUCUGGGUUGGUGUGUGAGGCUGUGUGUGUUCAUGGAAUCAGGAUAAAUAGGAACUGCCUUUUCUAAGAAGGGCACAUGAUGUUCUUUCAAAUUUGCCCAAAAUGAGUUCAUGUCCGAGACGGUGCCAAAUCAUGCUACCUGCCCUGCCAGCCUGCUAAGGGCUAGUGAAGGAUUUACAAACAAAAUUCUCCACAUUCUAUAUUGCAAUAUGUCUCAUAACCAGCAGCUACUGGGACAUUAACUCUCCAUGAUGAAUGUGGUUUCCAAAACACUCAGCAUGUCCUGCGACCAAACGUUUUUUUAUUAUUUAACAAAUAAUCCAUUGAGCAUUUUAUAUUCCUGAUGAGAACAAAUGCAGCACACCGUCAAGUGUGUACUUGAGUUGACUUGUUUUUUUGUUUUUUUUUGAACAGGUACACACUUUUUUCUCAUCUCAUUCUCUUUCUAUAUAUUGUAGUUGUAAAGAUUUUAGGCUAGAACACACCAGCUGAAAUGUUUUCUCAUAUAUUCAUGUUGGAUAUACCAUAUUGUGAAUUAAACAUGGCUGUUCGGUAUUCACUGUCAAUCGAUUCUUUUCCUUGUGAGUAAUAAGCAAAUAUUUUAUGGUUGGAAUUGUCAGAAUUCUACAUGUCUCUAGAUAAAAAAAAACUCUGUUUUAGAGUUAGUUGAUGGCAGCGUUUCAAACUUGGGCUUCUGAAAAUGUGCUCUAUUUUAAAGUUUGCAGGUUUUCAUAAAAACGUGACGAUA